AGAGAGAGAGAGAGAGGAGUGUAGUUGUGGUGUGUACAUGCCCUGCUUUGUACCACUCCCUCUAAUCUCUCCAGUCCUCUGUCUGUGUUGUUUUUCCUCAGAGUUAGCCCAUGCGAGCAGCGUGUGGACUGAGUGCAGCUGUUUCGUUCAGAGCAGAGCCCAACAUGUGAGAAGAUGUCUGUUGGAGGUUGUGCUUGUCCCGGCUGUUCGUCAAAGUCAUUCAAGCUGUACUCUCCUAAGGAGCCCCCCAACGGCGGCAGCUUUCCCCCCUUCCAUCCAGGCGCUAUGCUGGACAGAGAUGUUGGGCCUACACCCAUGUACCCCCCAUCAUACAUGGAGCCUGGAAUGGGGAGACCCACACCGUACGGGAACCAGACAGAUUACCGGAUAUAUGAGCUGAACAAAAGGCUACAGAAUUGGACAGAGGACUGUGACAAUCUCUGGUGGGAUGCCUUCACCACAGAGUUCUUUGAAGAUGACGCCAUGCUCACCAUCACGUUCUGUCUGGAAGAUGGACCAAAACGAUACACUAUCGGCAGGACGUUGAUUCCACGAUACUUUCGAAGUAUUUUUGAGGGGGGCGCCACUGAGCUGUUCUAUGUGUUGAAACACCCAAAGGAGUCUUUCCACAGUAACUUUGUGUCUCUUGACUGUGACCAGUGCACCAUGGUGACCCAGAACGGCAAACCUAUGUUCACACAGGUUUGUGUGGAAGGCCGCCUGUACCUAGAGUUCAUGUUUGAUGACAUGAUGAGGAUCAAGACGUGGCACUUCAGCAUCAGACAACACAGAGAGGUCCUACCAAGGAGCAUUUUGGCUAUGCAUGAUCCCCAAAUGCUCGAUCAACUGGCUAAAAAUAUCACCAGAUGUGGGCUGUCCAACUCCACACUUAACUAUCUCCGUCUGUGUGUGAUAUUGGAGCCCAUGCAAGAGUUGAUGUCAAGGCAUAAGACCUAUAGCUUGAGCCCCAGAGACUGCCUGAAGACCUGCCUCUUCCAAAAGUGGCAAAGAAUGGUAGCACCUCCAGCUGAGCCAGCCAGACAAGCUCCAAACAAGCGGCGGAAAAGGAAAGUGUCCGGUGGAAGCACCGUGAGCUCUGGCGGUGGCAGCAAUAAUAACAGCAACAGCAAAAAGAAGAGUCCAGCCAACAGCUUUUCACUCUCCAGCCAGGUACCUGACCUGGUUGGAACAAAAACCUGUACAGUGCCGGAGCUUGAGGACCGGAGUUGAGAACCACUACGCUAAAUCUUAAACACACGCACACACACACACACACACACACACACACACACACACACACACACACACACACACACACACACACACUCUAUCACACUCACAUACUCACUCACUCACUCACCUACACCUACAGCAUAAAACAUUGAGGUACUGGAGAGAGAGGUGGUACGCAGCAUGUCUGGACCAGAGCACCAGAUGCUACAGAAGUGUGUUUUCAUUUUCUAUGUUUUAGACCUGUUUUGAAUUGUUUUUAUUUUUGUAAACAAUUUCUAAAAACUAAACAGACAAGCAAGCAAGCAAACAAAAACACCCCAGAAUAUUCUUUGCACUGUUUUCCACUAUUAACUCCAAUCUAUUUUUCUUAUGAAUUGACAGUGUAUUUGUUUUCUAUUAUUGCUAAUGUAAGAAUUGUAAACAUCUGAAACCUGCAGUAUAUUAAUGUAUACGUAUUGCUGUUAGAUCAUUCUUAUUGCGAUGGUAAUAACUUCCAUGUAAGUCUGUGCUUAAUAUAAUGUCACCUAUCUGUGUCAGCCAUCACACUGUCAUCAGGUCCAUUGGGUUCAAUGCUAGAAGGGAGAACAAGGCGAGUGUUCUAAUGCUAAACUCAGUUUUGUUUGAUGUGAGUCCAGAGCAGCACACUGGAAACGUUUUCCCCACUAACAUCCAGCGCCUGGUUUGGAUCUGUUGACUUGUUAUUGCAAAACUUGUUUGCUUUUUCUUGAAUUUCUAUCUGGGGGUCCUCUCUUCAGAGAACAUAACAGAAAACUUCUCAAAUUUGCUACUCAAAAAUAUUUUAGAAACAAGUUUUGACAGGAUUGUAAAAUAAGAAAAGACUUUUGUAUUAACUUAAGUUUCCCAGAAAUGUUUUUAAUCAAGAUUAAGAAAGCUGCAGACCAAGAAGCUACAUGUAAAGAUUCUUUAGAUAUUGAUUACACUGUGCGGUUUUAUGUUUUAUGACGAAUCAUUUUGUUGGCUUUACUCCAUGUUUGUGUCUGUGCUUGUAUAUUUUUAGGUAGUCAUUUCUGUAAAAGUUAUUCAACGUAUCCCUCCCUAGAAUUAUGAGAAACUCAAUCUAAUGUAAAGAGAUGAAAAACCCUCUUAAAAGUUUUUUUUUCUUUUUUUUAUGUGAUAUUUUUUAACAGUACAAUCACUGAUAAAAGAAUUUCGCCCUCAUUUUGCCCUCAUAGCAAACUGUAUUUAUUUUUCUAUGUACUGACAUUUCUGUUUAGGUCCAACCCACCUGUAUUAUACUCAUGAUAUAUGGGGGAGUUUGUGGGGCUGCUGAGUCAGUUAAUGUUAAUAAAGGUCAUUCCGUUACUUGUCUUUGACAUGGCACUCCCAGGUCAUUCUGGCCAGUUUAUCACUAUGGUCAAGUAUGUUAUGUAAGACAUUUUAUGGCCAUUUUCUGCUGUUGGAGGUACAUGGUCUAUCUGAAAACCGGAUGCGCUA